CCUGACAAACACGACUCAGGGAUCUUUAGCCAAGCUUUACAAAGAGUACACAGUAUAGGACAAUAAUUCACUGUAAGUAACUCGAGCGCAUUUUAUGCUGUUUUAUACAGGUACAAACAUAUUUUAAAACGCGCCAUUACCGCGACUAAUAAAAAAAGAUCAACACGGAAAAAAAAAUCUGUACUAAUGAAAAAAGACGAUACUGAGGAUAAGAUUUAAAUAUAUCCUAAAUGUUCUACGUUUUUAAACAAUUACAACAAACACAACGAAAGUACGUCAUGGUAAAUAAAGCUCGUUUCCUGAAACACACCAGGCAGUGAACUAUCUUGACACUGUUGUGACGCUCUGGAUGAGCUGGCUGCAUCACUGAAGCGCGUCUAUGGUCUGCACCCAAAUGUCCAGUCACGUUGACAUUCCUGCCUUCAAGGUUUGAGCAACACGUUUGACUUGGCGGGACAAUUUACGAAAUGCGUUUUACGUUAGCGGCGAUUAUGGAUGCACACGUUUCCCCAAACCGCCUGAAGACGGGACGAUCCUAACGAGUGCGCCUGCGGGCCGGCUGGAGUUAGCCGACUGAGCUAAUGUCGACACUGAUUUACCAGCUGUAACUGUCAGAUCAUUUUUAUUAGCUAAGCUAAUAAUCAACAACAACAACAACAACAACAACAACAACAACGUGUGAGCGAGAGCGCAGUUGCCGGCGCCAUGAGGAUUCUGAGGUUUCUGAGGAGCAGCGUGUCCAUAGGAAAGGACAUUGACUAUUACUCAAAAUUUUCACCUUCCCCCCUCUCAAUGAAGCAAUUUCUGGAUUUUGGUUCAGAAAAUGCGUGUGAGAAAACGUCAUUCGCCUUCCUCAGGCAGGAGUUGCCGGUGCGGUUGGCAAACAUCAUGAAAGAGAUCAACUUAUUGCCGGACAACUUGCUGAGGACUCCAUCAGUCAGCUUGGUCCAGAGCUGGUACAUGCAAAGUCUUCAGGAGAUUCUGGAGUUCAAAGACAAAAAUGCAGAUGAUGAGAAAGUCACAUACGAUUUCACAGACGCUGUGAUAAAAGUCAGAAAUCGACACAACGAUGUGAUUCCCACCAUGGCUCAGGGAGUCGUGGAGUACAAAGAGACGUACGGCACCGACCCAGUCGUCAGCCAGAAUGUCCAGUACUUCCUGGAUCGUUUCUACAUGAGCCGGAUAUCCAUCAGGAUGCUGCUCAACCAGCACACGCUCCUCUUCGGUGGGAAGGUGAGGGUGAACCCGGCACAUCCCAAACAGAUUGGCAGUAUUGAUCCAAACUGUCGUGUCAGUGAGGUGAUCAAAGAUGCCUACGAAAAUGCACGAAACCUUUGUGACCGCUAUUACAUGAACUCCCCUGAGCUGAAGCUGGAGGAAUUCAACCUCAAAGAGCAGGGAAAUCCCACCACCGUGGUCUACGUUCCAUCUCAUCUGUAUCACAUGGUGUUUGAACUCUUUAAGAACGCCAUGCGGGCCACCAUGGAGUUAUAUGGUGAUUCGAUGGAGUAUCCUCCUGUCCACGCACAGGUCGCUCUGGGGUCUGAGGAUCUGACCGUCAAGGUGAGCGAUCGCGGUGGAGGCGUGCCGCUGCGGAAGAUUGACAGGCUGUUCACCUACACGUACUCCACCGCUCCUCGGCCCAGCCUCGACGGGUCACACGCUGCUCCUCUGGCUGGUUACGGUUACGGCCUACCCAUCUCUCGACUGUACGCGCGCUACUUUCAAGGGGACCUGAAGCUCUACUCUCUGGAGGGUUAUGGGACCGAUGCUGUGAUCUAUAUUCGGGCACUGUCCACAGAGUCCAUCGAGCGGCUCCCCGUGUACAACAAGAAAGCGUGGAAACACUACAAGACGAUGCACGAGGCCGACGACUGGUGCGUUCCGAGCAAAGAGCCCAAGGAUAUGACGACGUUUCGUAGUUUCUAACUUCAAACGACAAACGGUCUCGUGGACGAAGUAUGCGAGAGAGGAGGUAAAUGAGGGGUUUGCGUGUGUGUUAAGGUAGUUUAUCAGUUUUUGUACAGAGCGUCAAUAGACUUAGUGCCAUGUAUUUCAUAAAGAACAAGUUUUUGCCAUGGAGAUUAUGGAUUAUGUCAAUUUAAACUCUUCCUGGUUUUCACCUAUAAUGGUUAUAACUGGAAAUAAACAGCACCAAGUUUCUAAAAAGGCACUGAAAUUAAAAACACCAACCAAUACUGGAUUUGUGAGGUCAAUACAGAUAUGGAUAUUUUAGUUUGUAAAAAAAAGUCUUGAUUGAUUGCUAUAUUAUAAACAUAUGAAAUAGUAAGCAAACUUUUUUUUGCUUAAAAUUGGUUUUAAGCAAGCCCUUAAAAUUGGUUAGUUAGGAAUUGUUUCCGAGACUUGUUCUGAGCAGGACACCGAACGCUGCGGACACACUGCAUGUAAUCCAAUCAGAAGCAUUUGCAUAAUGACAUCAUCAUGACAUCACCGAUUGGUUAAUCCAGAUAAACUGUAGAUCAUCUCUAAUCUCUAAUGUUAUUUGUUGCAACAGUUAAUGCACUACUUCUCGGUGUGAUGUCAUGAUGAUGUCAUCCCUACCAUAUGAUCAAAAAGAGUUUAAGAUGGAUUGUGUCUGUUGUUCUUUGCACUGAUGCAUUUUUAAAAUAUAUCAUGAUUUAAUUUUCUGACGUCUUUGCGACUUCUUCAUGACGUCACUUAUCAUAUGAUGGGGAAUCAUUUUUUGAUCAACAUAAGCUUUAUAUAUUGUCUCAAUUAUUUGGGGAGGUAUCUUGGAAAAUGUGUUUUUCGGUCCAUAUUUUUCAUGACCUAAUAUUCAUAUUGCUAUAUAUAAUAUUGGUGAAAAUCCAUCCAUGUGUUGGUAUUUUUCUCGCACACAACUAUAUCUGUGAAAAGCUAUCAGCUGUAUAAGAUAAGUCAUUGUUCAGCAGACAAUCCCUCCACCUGAAACCCACAUUGUUUGUGAUGAUUUUAUGAAAUUAAUUUCAGGUUUGAACUGAACAACUUCAGUUCUUUUUUUAUUGUACAUUUCUAUUAGUUUACAGUUUGAUACUCUGGCAGAAAAGGAAACUUGUUACACAAGUAGCUUAUUUUAAAAUUUGUUGGAAGUUUCUGCUGGUGAGUCCUUGUGUUUCAAAUUUCAUUUCAUUCCUUUGCAUCUACCGUAAUGUUACAUGAAAUAUUUUUAAUGUUUAGUCAUUCAAUUCAUCACAGCUGAAGGUCAAAUAUGCAUGUUGUUGUGUUUAAUUGGGUUUUUCCAACACAUUUAGCUCUUCUCUUGAGUUCUGCGUUCAUUUGCAAAUAACGUGCUGCAAACUGGAAGAUCGGUUGAUCUUAUAUUUUUGUUUCACUCGGUGUUAGAGCAAAACACAGUAUUCUGGGUUUCUGUGGUUGUAUUUUUAGGUCUCUGAUAAAUAAGCUACACUUCAGAUUUUCAUUGUUAAACAACAACAGCUACACUGUAUGGAUCAUAUUCAGUAAAAAAAUAAAUACUUCAAACAGA